UUGAGCUGUGUUUCAAUGGCUCUAGCUGAUUUGUAUUCUUCUCGGAGUUAUUACAAGACUAGAGUGACUCUUAGCACCAUUGACUCCAAUGACACCGUUGUUGAUGCAGCUGCUGCAGCUUUAGAUUUGAUAAAGGAAGAGGAAGUACAAGCCAUAAUAGGCCCAACAAGCUCCAUGCAAGCCAACUUCAUAAUCAACAUAGGAGACAAAGCACAAGUACCCAUCAUCUCCUACUCCGCCACACGCCCAUCCCUCACAUCCCAACGCAGCUCCUUCUUCUUCCGCAUCGCCCAAAACGAUUCCUCUCAAGUCAAAGCCAUUGGAGCCAUAAUCAAAGCUUUCAAAUGGCGUCAAGUCAUCCCCAUCUACACCGACAACGAGUUCGGCAACGGCAUCGUCCCUUACCUCAUCGACGCACUACAAGAAGCCGACGCAGACGUACCUUACCAAAGCCUCAUCUCCCCGACAGCCACCGACACCCAAAUCACCAACGAGCUACACAAAUUAAAAAACAUGCCGACAAGAGUGUUCGUAGUACACAUGUUAACACGCCUCGCUUCAAGAUUCUUCAUGAAAGUUCAAGAAUUUGGAAUGAUGAAUCGUGGGUAUGUUUGGAUUAUCACUGAUUCAAUUGCAAAUGAAUUGGAUUUAAUCGAGCCAUUAGUUUAUGAAGCUUUGCAGGGCGUUGUUGGAAUUAGAACUUAUGUCCCAAGAACGAAAAGGCUUAACUUGUUGAAACGUGAUUGGCGGAAGAGAUUCCGGCGGUAUUACCCGACCGUGGAGGAUAUUCCGGAGGUGGACGUUUAUGGGUUGUGGGCUUAUGAUGCUGCUUGGGCUUUGGCCACCGCCGUGGAACUCGCCGGCACCGACAACCUCCGAUACACCGCCGCCAAAAUUAACUCAUCGAAUUAUUUAUUUAACGUUGGGGUUAAUCAAAAUGGUCCGAGGUUGCGUGAGGCCUUGUCGGAUGUGACGUUCAUGGGGUUGGCUGGUGAAUUUAGUCUCAUAAAUGGGCAAUUGCAAUCGACCCUUUUUGAGAUUGUGAAUGUUAUUGGUAAUGGGAGGAGAAAUGUGGGGUUUUGGUCGCCGGAGACUGGGUUGACGAGGAAGCUGGUUGAUUCCGGCGGUGCGAAGGGGUUGCGAUCGAUUAUUUGGCCGGGGGAGCCGGUUGUUACGCCGAAAGGAUGGGAGGUUCCGACGAAUGGGAGGAAGUUGAGAAUUGGGGUUCCGGUGAAGGAUGGAUUUUGGGAGUUUGUGAAGCUGGUAAGGGAUUUUGAAACGAAUGUAACGAUUGGUGUUGAAGGAUAUUGCAUUGAUGUGUUUAAGGCUGUGAUUGAGAAGCUGCCUUAUAAGGUUGAUUAUGAGUUCGUUCCUGCUGAGAAAUCUAAUUCUGUCCCUGGUGGUAGCUACAAUGAGUUCACUUAUCAGCUCUUCCUUGGGAAGUUCGACGCGGUGGUGGGCGACGUAACGAUCCGGGCAAACAGGUCAACCUACAUAGACUACACAUUACCAUUCACAGAAUCCGGAGUGGCCAUGGUGGUGCCAAUGAAGACCGAGAAGAACACCAAUGCAUGGGUGUUCUUAAAGCCACUAACAUGGAAGCUAUGGGCGCUCACAGCCGGCUUCUUCCUCUUCAUAGCACUUGUUGUUUGGAUCCUAGAACAUAGAGUCAAUGAAGAGUUCCGUGGAUCUUCAUUGGAUCAAAUCUGCACCAGCCUCUGGUACUCAUUCUCCACCAUGGUUUUCGCUCAUAGGGAGGUUACUUUGAACAAUUGCACGAGACUUGUGGUGAUACUAUGGCUGUUUGUGGUUCUUAUCAUCACUCAAAGCUAUACUGCAAGUUUGGCAUCACUUUUGACAGUGCAAGAGCUGAAGCCGAGUGUGAAUGAUAUCAAUUUGCUUCUUAAAAAUGGAGAGAACAUUGGGUACCAAGGAGGGUCUUUUGUGUAUGAAAUUCUUAAGUCGUUGAAGUUUGAUGAUUCUCAGCUUAAAACUUAUGAGUCUGCUGAAGAACUGCAUGAACUCUUCGUUAAAGGAAGUAUGAAUGGUGGAAUUUCUGCUGCGGUGGAUGAAACUCCUUAUAUUAAAGUGUUUCUGGCUCAGUAUUGCUCUCAAUAUACCACCACUGAACCAACCUUUAAAGCUGAUGGCUUUGGCUUUGGAUUUCCGAUAGGUUCGCCUUUAGUACCGGACAUCUCGAGAAAAAUCUUAGAGGUGACGGAAGGCGAAAGAAUGAAAGAGAUCGAAACCAAAUGGUUCAAAAAUGUGGAAGAAUGUACAGCUUCAAAAGUGGCAGAAUUAUCUUCCACCCGCUUGAGCAUCAACAGCUUCUGGGGACUUUUCCUCGUCACCGGCGUCGUUUCCCUCUCCUCGGUCGUUGCUUAUAUCGGCAAAUUUCUCUACGACGAACAGCGCGUGUGGCGAAACAACGUCGAGCCUUCGAUCUGGAGAGUAUUCUGCGCGUUGAUCCGCAAGUUCAUGAAGAGAGAUCCAACAGCUCACCCGCUAAGGCGAAGGGCAUCCAUGAAUGAUGUUCCUGUCUUAGCCAGAAGACGCAGUUUUUAG